AUGCCACUGGACCUCGGCGACGUGUUUAUCCUGCGGUUCAAGGACCUGCGUCUGGACCGCAUUCACUCCAAAUGCCUGGUCCACGCCAAAGUUGUCGACAACUGGGUACCGGCGGGCGGCAAAGAGAUUUUUGCCACCCUGCUGGAGGACGACAACGGCGACCGGCUGCGCCUGGUAGUGCUGCAGGGCAGGAACGUCGAAAAGUGCGUCAUAGGUGGAAACAAGCAGGAGGAGGGAGCAAGAUUGCCGGAGGAAGUGGAGGGGGGAGGACGAGCGCAGGAAAUAAAGAACGAAGGGACGCAGGAAAAGAAGGUUCAGGACAGCAGCGGAGAUACAUCUCCAACACCUGCAGUCGACAAUACAGAAGAAAGAGAGCAGGCCUCAAGUUCUACUACAAGAACAUCUUCGGGCGGUAGUACUUCUAGUACGGAUGUGGUGGCAGAGAAAAAAGCGCAGGAAAGGAUUAGCACGGAGGCACAAUCGGUUUGUUCGGCAAAAACUGCAUCGGCGUUCACCGCGGCAGAUCGGGUCCAAGGACAAGAUCGCAAUGUCCGGUUCACGCUGGCGGACAUGCAGGGGCAGUUUCCGCCGGGAUCCCGUAUCACCCUGCAGGAGCCGUGGUUCAAGAUUUUGUACGACGGGACGCACGGGCUGCGUGUGGAAAACCUGAACCUCAUGCGGGGGAUCCAGAUCGUUGGCCUGAUAAACGACGAGAACAAGAAGUCUGCAGCAGUUCCCGCGGCUGCUAGUGCUGGUGCUGGCCGCCAACAGGCGAGCGCGUCCUCGUCUGUUCGAUCUACACCUGAAGACGAGGUCACAUUAUGAACAAUAACUGAACAUCAAUCAUUCCAAUUGUAGUGACGGAGAUCAUGUUGUUGCUGUUCCUGUUGAGUAACAGAAAUUUCAAAGUGAUGUGCAUCUGCAUGGUGCAUGAUGGUCGUGCAGUUCUCACAGUAGAGUCUAACUACAUUCGACGAAGAGACCGGUGGCUGUUCAAAAAGCGUUUCCAAUCUCCACACAGGUUGCAGACCGUGUUUCGAAGCUGCAGGAGCAGGGCAAAAUUUGCGUCCAGCGGAUGGACUUCGAUCAGGCGCUUCAACUGUACGACCUCGGUCUGCAGGUGAUGACGUCCAACGAAACAUUGUCUCGUUUGCGGAAGGAAAAAGCGCCGCUGUUCCACAGCAACCGGAGCCUGUGCUUCUUGAAAAAGAAAAUGUUCAAAAGCGCGGCAGAAGAAGCAGAAAAAGCCGUGAAAACGGAUCCGGGGUUUCUGAAAGGCUACCUGCGCGCCAGCGAAGCCUGGGAAAAACUGGGAAAGCACGUACUACGCCUGAUAUGAUUUCUGUAACUGUGGUCUUUCUUGUUCGAAUCCAAGGAGUGGAGUAGCAUCCAGUUGCUCCCGCUUUGAAUCGCGAACAAAUUUUGAACUACGCGAGGGAGCAACGCUUGGGUUUUUUAUUGUUUGAUUCCUUCUACUACAGCUAGAGAGCUAGCAGGGAAUUUCUUUUUCGAAGCGACGCACUCCUGGGACCCCGUUUUUUCAUUCAGAUUCAAUCGUUUCCCCACGGUUAAAGUCAAAUGUAAAUCUGUUUCAUUCCGCAGGGCCGCGCCGUGGAGGUACUGCUGCAGAUCCCGACGCUGGUGGACCGUCCGAGCGUGGCGAGCGGCGCGCAGCAGGACCAGCUUCGGCCACACAUCCAGCUGACCAAAGCGGACCAGGACUUGCUGUACACUCUGUUCAAGCAGUCGUGUGUGCUGCCGACCACCCCCAGUGCGGUCCUGCGGGUGCUGCAGGAAACGGACGACAAGUUGUGGACCCUGUCCCCCAAGUACUUUCUGGAGGUGUGCGACUUCGCGGUGAAGACCUUUCUGCUGACGAAAUUUCAGUCCGCCCAGCGGAAGUCCAUCGACAUGCCCGACGAGGAGCUGGACGACGCCAUCGCGGAGAACCCGGCACUGCAAGCGGAACUGCGCGACGACUUGGAGAAGCGCCAGCGCGUGAAGGAAAAAAUCCAGGAAACCGCCCUGAAACAGGAGGAGGAGGUCGUGCGCUUGGUGCCGGUGUUCCUCACGAAACUCGAACGCUACCACGCGCUCGCGGUCCUGUUUGACGCCAAGGAGAUCGACAUUGCCUGCAAAAAUAAAGCCGACGUUGGAACGACGACGAGGAGUACAACGAGUGCGAGUACUAGCGAUGUCAAGAACCCUUCUUCGUCCACGAGGAAGGACAGCAAAAAAAGUGGUGCACAACAGGAGCAGCCGGUGGUAAAAGUCUCUUUGGUGGCCCGCUUUGAGCGGAUGCGGAAGGAUUUGCUGUCCAUUCUGCCGCAAAAGGAAGAAUCUGCUGCUGAAGUAGCUGAAAAUAAACUAGCUAAAACCUCCCACGAACAACAAAAAGAAGAAACAGGGACGAUGAAAACUGACAGGGAACAAGAUGAUGCGAAAAGAACUACAGUAGAUGGGAUGGAAAACAAGAGAAUUUCUGACGCAUUAAGCGGCGGCUGA